CGGCCAACUUAUAAUUUUCAACACGAUGUAUUGAAGGUGUGGAUGGAUUGGGGAGGAAAACAAUGGGCUAAUUAUGUCUUCCAGGUUAUAUUUAAAUUAUACUUUAGAUUAUGCACCUAUUUUUCCUUGCAUAUAUGUCCCUUCCGAUGUCAUCUUGACAAAAAAGAUCUAGAUAAAAGGAUUUGUUCUUGAAAGUGAAACCCUGUGAUACUAUUUUUAUCUACAUUAAACAAAAGGAGGGUGAGGGAGGGUAAGGAGUAAUUGGAUAAGGGACACAAAAAGUAAUUAAAUUUCAUAAUGAUGAACAUGCUAAUAAUAUUGAUUUGAUCAUCACAUACUGUGUACAGAUACUAUACACUUCACCUUGUUAUGUGGUCAUUAAAAUUGUGGAACAAGUGUUUUAGUGACUUAUCGAGACCACAGACAAAAUGUCCCUGAUGAGGACUAUUUAUUUUUAUUUAAAGUAGCUCUUAAUAUCACAUAGGAUGUCAUCAAUUAAUUCCUUUAUUUUUUGCAGACAAACCAUUUCACACUCUCCCUUUCUUCUCAUUCAUGAAAUCAUGCACCUAAAUAAUAAUGUGACUAAGUUUAUUCUGCUUGGGUUGACACAGUAUCAUCUUAGGAAGAAAAUCGUUCUUGCCACUUUCUUGCUUUUCUACUUGGGGGCAUUGUUUGCUAAAUUGCUGAUCAUAGUUACCAUUAAGACCAGUCACGCACUUGGCAGUCCCAUGUACUUCUUCCUUUUCUACUUAUCCUUAACUGACACCUGCUUGUCUACUUGCAUAGCUCCUAGAAGUAUUGUGGAUGCCCUUUCAAAGAAGACCUUCAGUGAGUGCAUGAUCCAAGUCUUUUCAUACCAAUUCUUUGGCUGCCUGGAGAUCUUCAUCCUUAUCCUCAUGGCUGUUGACUGCUAUGUGGCCAUCUGUAAGCCCCUGCAGUACAUGACCAUCAUGAGCCACCAAGUCCAUGGUGUGUUGGUGGCCGUGGCCUGGGUGGGGUCCUGUGUGCAUUCUUCAGCUCAGAUUUUUCUUGCCUUGAGCUUGCCUUUCUGUGGCCCCAAUGUAAUUGAUCACUAUUUCUGUGACUUGCAGCCUCUGUUGAAACUUGCCUCUUCAGACACCUAUGUGAUCAACCUACUCCUGGUGUCCGAUGAUGGUGCCAUUUGCACAGUGAGUUUUGUCAUGCUGAUGUUCUCCUAUGUUGUCAUCUUGCAUUCCCUGAGGAACCACAGUGCUGAAGGGAAGAGGAAAGCCCUCUCCACCUGCAUCUCUCACAUCAUUGUGGUCAUCCUGUUCUUUGGUCCAUACAUAUUUAUAUACACAUGCCCUGCAACCACCUUUCCCAUGGAUAAGAUGAUAGCUGUGUUUUAUACACUUGUAAUACCUUUGCUCAACCCUCUGAUUCAUAUACUGAGGAAUGUAGAAGUGAAAAAUACCAUGAGGAGGUUAUGGAGCAAGAAGUUGAUCUCAGAUGACAGAAGAUGAAUGGAGGUUUAAAAUCCUUCUUCAUACUUUGAAU